AUGGCGAAACAGCAGUACAUUCUCGCUCUCAAUGCGGGUUCUUCGUCUCUCAAAGCAUCUCUCCUCCAAUCUCACAACAAUGGUACCAUCACCGAAGUGGCCCACUUUCUAGGAGAACGAUUGAAUACUCCCGGUGGUGUCAUUCACCUGCCCCAACAAACUGAAAUUGCGGAGCAAAAUAUGAGUCAUGAACAAGCCCUCUCCCAUGUCAUUGACUAUCUCCGAAAGGAACAGUUACUCGAGAAUUUGGUCGCCAUUGGACAUCGCGUCGUCCAUGGAGGGACCACCUUUACCAGUUCCGUUGUAGUAGAGCAAAAGGAAUUGCAACAAAUCAAAGAUGUAUCCCAUUUGGCGCCACUCCACAAUCCACACAAUGUUGCCGGAAUUGAAACCAUGCAAAAACUACUCCAGGAUCAGCCACAGCCCAUUCCCAAUGUCGCCGUUUUUGACACGUCCUUUCAUAGUGCCAUACCACCCGUGGCAUACCAGUAUCCACUGCCGCAAGAAUAUCGAGACCAACAAAUGCGCAAAUUUGGAUUCCACGGAACCAGUGUCCACUACGUAACACUCCAAGCCGACCAACGACUCUCGCAGCUCAAACACACCAAUUGCGAUGCCGAAUCCGCCGAAGAUGGAUUCCAUCUCAUUGUCUGUCAUUUGGGCAAUGGUGCCAGUGUCACGGCCGUAUCGCAUGGCAAAUCCAUGGAUACCAGUAUGGGAUUUACACCCCUCAGUGGACUCAUGAUGGGGACUCGCAGUGGUUCUAUCGAUCCUAGUAUCGUCCAAUUUGCCUGCUCCAAAUUGGACAAGACGGUCGAUCAAGUCACACACGACAUGAACAAACGAUCCGGGUUGACGGCGUAUGGCGAAGACAGUGAUAUGCGAUCGCUCUUGGCCAAACGAGCGGCGGGUGAUGAAAGUGCGACUCUGGCGGUGGACAUGUUUGUCUAUCGACUCACACAACAUAUUGCAUCGAGUAUGAUUGCUCUCAAAGGACCGCUCGAUGCCAUUGUCUUUACGGCGGGAAUUGGGGAACACUCGGCCGAAAUUCGGCAAUUGGCAUGCGAUCAACUCCAUCAAAGUCUCUUGCCGCAAUUGGCAUUGGAUGCCACGCGCAAUGCUAAAAAUGGCAAAGCGUCCGAUGGGGUUGUCUCACAAGAGGGAGCAUGGCCCGUCAUUUUGACCAUUCCCACCGAUGAAGAAGCCAUGAUUGCCAAGGAGUGCUUGCGAUUGGUACAGUAG